GACAGCAGCGCCGGUUUUUAUGAGAUUCGUAUCAAGGGAAGAUGACGUUUUUUCUUUUGGAUUGAUUUAGAGAAAGCCCAGAUUGCCAUCAGCACUGAAUAUUUUCUCGUUGAAUUUAUUGUGUCUAGCCAGCUGUUUUGUGAGCGAGAAUGAAUGAAAUUGAUAUGGGGUCACGACACAGCGCAAAUAUAGUGUCCAGUGGUCGCGGCGCUCGCCAAAAAUGUCAUUUCAAUGAGAGGAUUUUGUGUUUAUUCAGCAAACGGUCGACGGGGAUUACCAGUUUACUAUUGAAUCAAAAAUAUUUGAGAAUUAAACAAUUAAAUUUUUAAUUAAAACAAAAUAAAACAAAAAAAAACAGCUUCUUUUCUAGGCCAUGGCCUAACAUGUUCUAGGCCAGUGUAGAUUUACGGCACAUUUUCUCUUAAAUAAUUAUUUCGUUUUGAAAACGUUUUCAACGUGUAUUCAACCGGAAUGCGAUGGGAAUUGGCUCCAAAAUAUUGGAAAAUAAUAUUCAGAAAUCAAUUUCACUUGGAUUCUAUCAUUCACAUUCGGAACUUCGCAAGAGUUUCUACGAAUUUUUCAAAUCGAAAAAUCACGAAAUACUCAGAUCUUCAUCUGUAAUUCCAGACGAAAACGAUGGAACCUUGUUAUUUACAAAUGCUGGAAUGAAUCAGUUCAAGCCAUUAAUUCUAUCAUCAACCGAAUCUAGAAGAGUUGCAAAUAUUCAAAAAUGCAUUAGAGCCGGAGGAAAACAUAACGAUCUCGAUGACGUUGGAAAAGAUUUACAUCAUCAAACAUUUUUUGAAAUGAUGGGCAAUUGGUCGUUCAAUGAUGCAUUCUCAAAAGAGGAAGCAUGUCGAUAUGCAUGGGAAUAUUUGGUGGAAAUUCUAGGAAUCAAUGCAGAUAGAUUGUAUGUUUCCUAUUUCGGUGGAAUCGAGAAGCUCGGAUUACCGGAAGACCGUGAAUGUCGAGAAAUUUGGAAACGAAUUGGAGUAUCGUCAAAUCGAAUUCUUCCAUUUGUCGCUGAGAAUUUUUGGGAGAUGGGUGCAGCUGGUCCGUGUGGUCCUUGCACCGAGAUUCAUUAUGAUAGAAUCGGCGGAAGAGAUGCUUCUCGAUUAGUGAAUAUUGAUGAUUCAGUUGUAGAAAUUUGGAAUAUUGUCUUCAUGAGCAGCGUCAGAGAUUCAUGUGGUCAAAUUCGACAUUUGGGAAAAAACCACAUUGACACAGGAAUGGGAUUCGAACGUCUUCUAUCAGUUGUCCAGAACAAAACUUCAAAUUUUGACACUGACGUGUUCACACCGAUUCUAGAAAAGACCUCCGAGCUGGCAAAAAAGCAAUACACUGGAAGUCUGGAUAGUCGACAAGAUGCCACAUUCCGUCUCGUCGCUGAUCACAUUCGUGCUGCGACUGUGGCGAUCAGCGAUGGAGCUGUACCUGAUGGAACUGGGUGUGGAUUUAUUGUUAGAAAAAUGAUGCGACGAGCUUUUUUGCAAGGAAUUUCGAAACUAGGAAUUGAGAGAUACGCGAUGAGUGAGCUGGUUCCAGUUGUUGCUUCAACGAUGAAAGAAGUCUAUCCAGAAAUCCACGACACAUCCACUCACAUCAGAAAGAUCUUCAACGAUGAAGAAGCUCAAUUCUGGAAGACAGUUGACAAAGCUAAAAAGAUGUUUGAUAGUGUUGCAGCUGAAUCCAAAUCACCAAUAAUAUCAGGAAGAAAAGCGUUCAAUUUAUUCGAAACUCAUGGUUUACCAUUGGCGGUUACUGUGGAAUUGGCAAGAAAUAUUGGAAGAGAAGUCGAUGAAACGGAAUUCGAGAGGUGCCGGUUGGAAGCUCAAAAAGUGUCACAAAAAGCUUCGCAGUUUAAAUUGCCGAUUUCAGCAGACGAUUUUCCGAGCCAUUCAGACAAAGAAAAAUAUUCGUACGUGUUUAGAAAUGGAAAAUAUGAAUUCCCUCAAGUCAAAACUCGAAUUCUCCAAGUUUACAAAGAUCAACAAAAAGCGGAAUCACUAGAAGCCAACGAUCGAGGAUUCCUGGUUCUUGAAGAAUGCCAAUUUUACGGAGAACAAGGUGGCCAAACUUCUGACACUGGACACCUUUUGAUUGAUGGAAGAGAAGUUUUCGAAGUGGAAAAUGCCAAAAAAAUUGCCGGUGGAGCUGUUACAGUACUCUUCGGACGAGCUCUCCUCCCAAUUCGACGAGAUUUACGAGUUGAGCAGAAGCUCGACGAAACGAGAAGAGAAGGCGUGAUGAGAGCUCACUCGGCGACCCAUUUGCUCAAUUGGGCUCUGCAAAAACUCGGUGUAGGCUCUGGGCAGAAAGGCUCAUCUGUUGACUGCGAUCGCUUCAGAUUUGACUAUUCCACGGGAGACGAAGAUUUGAGCAAGGAGCAAAGAACGGAACUUUUGAUUAAAUGUGAAAUGAAAAUGAGGGAAUUCAUUCAAAAUGGAGGUUUCACAGAAAUUAUAGAGACGAGUUUGGAAGAAGCAAAGAAAAUCGAAAAUCUGCAAUCUGAUGUGAAAGAGGAUAGAAUUGGAGGCGCUUCAGUGAGAGUUGUGGCUUUAGGCAGUGGAGCUGAUGUGCCAGUGGAGUGCUGUUCUGGAACACACAUCCAUGACGUCAGAGUGAUUGAUGACGUGGCAAUUAUGUCGGACAAGUCAAUGGGUCAAAGGCUUCGAAGAAUUAUAGUCCUCACUGGAAAGGAAGCAGCUGCGUGCAGAAACUAUACAAAAAGCAUUUAUGAAGAUUUAAGGAGUACGGAUCCAAAGGAGAGAUCAAAAACGGGAAAGAACAUCGACUGGAAACGUGUCCCAAUUGCUGAUCAAGCUCGUAUCUCGAUUUUGCUGAAACAGAAGAAAUAAUUGUGAAAAUAAUAUUGCCUUUUUAAUAGAGUAGUCUAGGUUUUUUUGUUGUUUUUUUUUCAGUUGUUACCUAUGUUUUUAUGAAUAUUGAAAUUUUCAUAGCAAAAUUUGAUUUUUCUGACUUU